AAAUAAUCCACACGUUGAUGCUACCUGAAAAAUCACGUAACCCCGAUUUUCCCCUCGCUAGGCUCGUUUUACGUGACGCACGUAAAAAUAAUGUGAAAGUGUACUGGCAUAAAAAUGUUUUUACGUUAAUGUUACGUGAAAAGCCUUAUGGUAUAUUUCCACUAGGUUCUUUCAUGUAGCUUUUAUGUGAUUUGAAAUGUAACUUCGAGUGAGACUCGAGUGCGCCAUUCUGUCGAAUUUCUACGUGAUUAUUUUAGUAUGAAAAUUGAUGGCGAACGGUGCUGCUGAAGUUAUGCUCGAGAAAUUUAAUUUAAAAUGGAACAGACGAAUGUGACUCCUGGAAACAAGAAUUUUCUUUCCCGGCGGCCACCGGAUUUCUGGCCAGUUCUAACCUUAGCGGCCGAUGUUACCGUGGUGCUUAAACCCACCAAAAAUUGCACGGAGUUCUUGGGCAUCCAGCUGGUGGUUAGAUCGUCUACGCCAAAUGCAUUGCGGUUGUCGGUCCGUCGGUCGUCCCCAGAAGGUCAGGCUUCCGGUUGUGAUUCUGCACGUGGCCAAGAGACUCGACCAUCCGCAGAUUCGUCGGAAGGGCAAAAUCAAGGACAUCACCGAGGUGCCGAGGAUCAUUGAUCACAACAAUAGCAGCGGGACUAUUGUUGGGACUGGUGAACAAAAAGUCUUCUGCGUGUUACCGGCGAGAGGCAUGACAUUUCGGCCAGAAUGAGCACCAUGACCAGUCAGACCAGCGGUCAGUUCAGCCGCUGACCCCACCGGACCAAUCACGUUACGGUCAACUUCGGUUCAAACUGGUGGCUCAACUUCGACACGGAGCAUCGUGAAAUCGUGAAUUUGAAAUAUUUAUUUAAUAUUAUUAAAAGAAGAAUUCAAUAAAACAUUGAUUUGAAAUUAAAAACUGCAUUACAUUAUUUUUCAUUUUUAACAGCAGAAAAAGCUCUUAACCUCAUUAGUACUAGAAGAUUCUAAUAACGAUAACUAAAACGUUCAUUUAGAGUUCACCAGCUAAUACAUUUAGCAUUUACGUGUGAAACACGUAGAAUCAAUGUGAAAUGAUCUGGCCUAGCAAAUUCCGUUUCUACUAGGGCCACCUCGUAGAAGUUACGUGAAAAGUCUAGUGGAAAAAAACCACAUAGUUUUUCACGUAACUUCAACGUGUGGAUCUUUUUG